AUGGUUGAAGAGGAGCUAACUAAACGAUGGGAGCGACUGCACCUGUCAAAUGAAGAAAUAACUGUUAUUAAAAUCCAAGCCGAAGACUCACGCACCAAAGUUGUUCAAGAAAAUGUCUGUGUGGUUGGCCGAGUCCUAUCCGAAAAAGGGGUAAACAAUGAAGCAUUUAGAAAUACAAUGACCCAGGUCUGGCGUCUGGAAGGAUGGGUGCGUUUUAAAGAUUUAAAUGACCAAUGCUUCCUAAUAGAGUUCCAAAAAAUGCAAGACAAAGAAAAGGUGUUGAGCAGGAGGCCAUGGUGCUUCGACAGAAACCUACUGACCAUCCAAGAAGUUGAUGCAAAAACUUCAAUCAAUGCUACCCAGUUUCGGUAUGAACCCUUUUGGGUGCAAUGCCAUAAUUUACCACUGGUUGCCAUGAAUGAAGAUAUAGGAGAAAAACUGGGUAAUUGCAUUGGACAAGUCAUAAGAGUUGACACAGACUCGGAUGGCUCAGCAUGGGGUAUAUGUCUGCGGGUUAGAACUGCCAUUGACCUGCACAAACCUCUUCUAAGAGGUAAGUGGAUGGAAUUUGAAGGACUAAGGUACUGGAUCUCGUUUAAGUACGAACGGCUGCAAGGCUUCUGCUUUCAUUGUGGGGUAUUAUACCACAAAGGUAAAAUAUGCUCGAGAUAUCACCUGGAAGCCCACACUGAGGAACACCAAUAUCAAUAUGGGUCAUGGCUUCGGGCACAGCCAAUGAACUCUUCUAUUUUUGAUAAGAGGAAGUAUGGGGGUAGUCAGGAAAGGGAGGAGAUGAAGAACCAGAAUCUCUCGACUAGGGAGGGCAAUGGGGAAAGGAAUAGAUGGGAUUAUAAGGAAAUGAAGCAGGCCAGACCUAAGGAAGAGAGGGGCUUUAUUCAUAAUAACCAUGUAGAACUAGAUUCAGUGAUAGAAAGCACAGAAAUUCCUAAGGGUGUGCUCAAGGUGGAGGAGGAACAAAGUAUUUCAGCAGCUAUGAAAACCCCGUGUAUAGGGGAUGAUCAUAAAAGGAGACAACCUAAGGAAGAUACAAAGAAGGUGAAAAAACAAGAAGAAGAAGUCAGCUUUCAGGAAAGAACACCAAGCAAUCAAGAAGCCCCACCUACUAUGAUGGAGUUGGAUCUGAGUAGUGCUUCAAAGGAUGACUAUACUAAGCAAGUGGACUUCCCACGUACCAGAAGUCUAACAUCAACCAGUCAAAAGGGAGAAACAUGGGUAUCUGAACUUACUGGGGACAACACAGGUACACCUGAACCCCAACACAAUCCCAGUAUGGUGAAGUUAGAAAUGGGACCUGAUAGGACAGGUGGUGGCCUGGAUGAGAAUCAAAAAGGGGGAAGAUGGAAAAGGAAAGCACGGGGGGUAACUAGUCCCAUUAUUUUACCAAAUGUCACCAACCGCCAAGUCCAAAAGGGCCCUAAAAAGAGAAGUCUAAGGGUUGAUAAAGAGGUGACCCCUUUAUAG